AUGUAUCCGGUCUACUAUGCACUUGCCUCACUUGUGGCAGUGCUGUUGAGCCUUCAUCGCACCAUUCACCUCCCGGACUACCUUCACAAGAACAUCUUGCUGAUCGGUGCUAGACCUUUCACCACUGUCCCUCCCAGCAAUGUGGAUUAUAUUCCUGCAGCUGAGGCUCAUAUUCCCGAGCUGGAUGUUUCCACAAGCGGCUGUCUUGUGCCAGUUCUCACCCCUGACAACUUGGAGACCCAUUCUAACACUGUGUCUGCAGCAGGGACCCUUCCAACUGUUGAGCAGCAGCUCGGAGAUUUUCCAGGAGGCAGGCCUCAGGAAAUUCCCGGAUUGCAUGGGGUCCGCAACGGGCCCUCCAUGAACCCAGUCCUCGUCGCAUCACUGAUCUUUAUGGUGCCUACGUUCGUUUUGUUGUGGGUGUGGAUUCGAUCUACAUCCCGCAUCCAUAAUCGAUAUGUCGAAGAGGCCGAUACUGAGAUGCAGGAUUUUAUUGCAGAGGUAGAGCAUCUCAAGGGACAUCUUCUGGACCGACUGGAAGUGUUGCAUCUGCUGGCGGAUGCACAAUCCGAUGUCCUUCACCGUUUCAGUAUGGGUGGUUACGGAUAUCAGCCUGAUGUCCCCGACUAUUUUGAUCAUGAGCUCUCUUCACUGGAGGAGCAGGAGCAGGCAGAAUACGAUUUGCGACUCUCACUCUGGCUUAGGCCAGCUGACAUAGAUAGUGAGGAUGAUGAUACCGCGUCUUUUGAUCUGGACUCCGAUACCCCUGGCUUUGAAUCCGUCAUGGUGCAGCCUUUGUCUAUAGUCAAGGCUCCAGCGUCGGAAGAGGAUGAGUCUGGAGAUCUGGGGGCUGAUGAUUGUCCUCCUAGACUUCAUGUCGAGUGGAUUGUCACUCGGUUGCAUGUUGCAACCCGGCUAUAUAGACUGUUCGCAAUCACGCAUGUAGACGAUGCGUGCAUAACCCACCCUCUAGUCCAGGAACUCAUGCCUCGAUGCGAGGCAGUUGAACGUCAUAACAGGGCAAGUUUGCCACCUCCAGCCUAUGGAAGAAUCGAGUCGUCACUCAAUUGGACUGAGACGGCCGAAAUUUCCCCGAAUCGUGCACCAUACUACGGAGUCAAUGCAAAGACAGUUAUUUCCACAUUCGCCAAUGCACGACUAUUAUCGUGA